GGCGGGGACAUUUGUGAAGUGAGAGAGGAGAAUUGAGGGUUGCAGAACAACCUGAGACUUGCAACUUCCAAGAGGUCCGCUCCAUUGUUCUCCAUUAAUAACUACUUAUUUUUAACUUUUAACGACAAGACAAAGUCGGAAACUGAUCAGUGAUGAUGGCCUGCCGGACUGUCUACCGCUCCGUUUUCACGACGGAGCCGUGGCGCCCGCUGCAUCCAAUUUGCAGCUCAGCAUCUUCUUCUUCAUCGUUUGCGCUUUCCUGUGCACCUUUAACGCCAAUUUUAAGUUGUGGAAUUAGGUCUGAGGUCCGAGGUUUUCAUAGAGGACGAGUGGUUCAUGUGAACUGCUCCAAUGGCGAAAGCCCUUCGUCCUCUUAUUGGCAAGACGAUCAAGGUCCCCCUCAGGAAGCUGUCCUCAAAGCCAUUUCAGAAGUUUCAAAAACAGAAGGAAGGGUGGGACAAACCACAAAUGUUGUUAUCGGAGGUACAGUGACAGAUGAUUCUACUAAUGAAUGGCUUGAUCUGGAUCAGAAGGUAAACUCAUACCCAACAGUUAGAGGGUUUACUGCUAUUGGAACUGGAGGUGAUGAUUUUGUGCAAGCUAUGGUCAUUGCUGUUGAAUCCGUACUACAACAAACAAUUCCUGAGGGCCGUGUAAGGCAGAAAUUAUCUUCAAGGGGCAAAUAUGUGUCUGUGAACAUUGGACCUGUUAAAGUUGUCUCUAGUGAGCAGGUCCAAGCUGUAUACAAUGCCAUGAGGAGAGAUGUCCGGAUGAAGUAUUUUUUGUAGGCUGGGCAUAUGUUCUUAUAUUAUUUGUAUAGAAAGCAGAUGAACUACGGCAGUAGUCAAUCGCCAUUCUAUCUCGGUCAAUUUUCUUCUUCUAAUAUGUUUGUAUUGAACAGUUAGAUUUCUCAUUCCUUUAAUAGCAGGCAACUUCAUGGUCUAAACUUAAUCUAUC